CCGGCUCCGCAGCGGCGGCCGGAGCUGCCAGCGCCGCCGCUGCCCGCUGCGGUGCCCAUGCCUCCUGCGGCGGCCCGGCAGGGAAGAUGGCGCCGUCCCACGUCCUCAAGUGCUGCCAGAAGGUGCUGGCCUGGGUGCCCGUGGCUUUCAUCGCUCUGGUCGUGGCCUGGUCCUACUACGCCUACGUGGUGGAGCUCUGUGUGUUUACUAUUUCUUCAACUGCAGAAAAAGUUGUCUACCUUGUGGUUUUUCAUCUGUCAUUUUUCAUGUUUAUAUGGUCCUAUUGGAAGACAAUUUUCACAUCUCCUGCAUCCCCUUCUAAAGAGUUCUGCUUGUCAAAAGCUGAUAAAGAACAGUAUGAAAAAGAAGAGAGACCAGAAUCCCAGCAGGAGAUUUUGAGAAGAGCUGCUAAAGACUUGCCUAUCUAUACAACAACAGCAUCUCGAGCAAUCAGAUACUGUGAUCGAUGCCAGCUAAUCAAACCUGACCGCUGCCACCACUGUUCUGCUUGUGACAUAUGUGUGCUAAAAAUGGACCACCACUGUCCCUGGGUGAAUAAUUGUGUGGGAUUUUCUAACUACAAAUUCUUCCUCCUGUUUUUAAUGUAUUCCUUACUGUACUGUCUGUUUGUUGCCGCUACAGUCUUGCAGUACUUCAUAAAGUUUUGGACACUUUGCCACAGGAAAGCUGCAGAGAAUUGUCCAAAGAAUGAAUUGCCAGAUACCCAUGUGUGGGAAACUGGCUUGCGACACCAUGCAAAAUUCCACGUACUAUUCCUUUUCUUUGUGGCAGCCAUGUUCUUCAUCAGCAUACUGUCACUCUUCAGCUACCACUGCUGGCUAGUUGGCAAGAACAGGUCAACCAUAGAAACAUUCCGUGCACCCACAUUUCGAAAUGGCCCAGAUAAAAAUGGCUUUUCUCUUGGAUGCAGCAAAAAUCUGAGGGAGGUUUUCGGUGAUGAGAAGAAGUAUUGGCUAAUCCCUAUCUUUACCAGUUUGGGUGACGGGUGUAAUUUUCCAACUCGUUUGGUGAUUAUGGAUCCAGAGCAACUUACUGUCUCAAGCCAAAAUGAACCUGCCAAAAGCUCUGGAGCCAAUCAGCCCUUUCCUCCUCGACCACUCAGUGAAUCACAAAAUCGCUUGCUAGCCAGUGACAGUCAGUGGGUGGAAAGUGGCCCUGAAGAGGAAGGUGUUAAAUCAGGUAGCCUGCACUGUCACACUUCUGAUAAUCUUAUGGUUUUGUUUGUGGUGGGUUUUUCCCUAUUUUGUAGGCCUAAAAAGUCCUUAAGAACUGAUUAGAGACAAGUAGAAGAAAACUUGUUCCAUAAAAUCAAGUCAGCAUGUUUAUAAGUUAAGGCCAACUUGUGUCUGGUGCUCUUAUCCAAACUGAGCUACUGCACUAAAGUGGUGGAUAGAUAAUUAUCUUAUUUCUCGCUUCCUGUUGUGAGAUUUUGGAUCUUGUUUCUAGGGGGAGGAAAAUAUUUUUCUAAAAUAGGCACAACGUAAUAAAUGUACUUUCUGGUUUGAAGUCUUUGCUGUUUGUUGUGCGAAUCUGCGAAAACACAUAAUUGAGAUUCUCUCACAUUUUAGGUGCAAAAAAGCAUAUUAUAGUUUCAUUGGAAAGCUGAUCUCAGUUUAUUACUAACCCACCAUCUCAGUGAGAAACAGGUAAGACCAACAUAAUUGAUUGCCAUUUCUGUAUACGUAUGAGAAAACUAAAAUAGACGUCUUUAAGUCAAAUGUUGCUAGUCAUGUAAUGCAGAGGAGUCUUCUGAUGUUGGAUGAGUAAUAGAAAAGUCUAAAUAAAACUCAGAAUGUCUGUCCAGGAGACAAGAAUGGGAGAAAUGCUGUAGUGCAGGAAACACGGGCUGGCUAGAUCUGAGUCAGACUAAUCCUGUAAUGUAGGUUGAAGAAGGCAGUGUUGGAUAUGCUACCUGACCAGAGAAAAGAAUUUAAUCUGUUAAAUAGGCAAUUUCAAGAUGAAGUUCUGUCUUGAGGCAGCAAUAUUCUUAAGGAACUCCUUAACUGUCUUUUUCUUAAUUGUACAUUGGUGGGACAUGCUCUUCUUCUCCUCUACAAAGCUGUGUGUGCACAAGGAAGGAGCGUCAAUAGGUAAAUACAGGUGUCUGCAUACGGGCUGCUCUGUCACACUUGGAACUGCUGGUGAUCUUUUCUGUGACAGCUCAGUGCACAUGUUGUUUAGGAAAUACAGUGAGUGCUGCUGCAUGGAUGGAUCUUCCCUUCAUACAUUUCCAGUGACUAAAUUAGACUUCUCUUAAUUUGACUUCAUUCUCUGUGAGCUUAUAACCUCCACAUUUUUGUUUCUGGAAGAGAAAAUAAUCUUAUUUGGGCAACUAGCAACUGUAGAUGCUGAGGGCUGAGUCACUCCCCCCCUCUGCCUUUUUCUUCUUUUUUUUUUUUUCCUCCUUUUUUAAAAAAACACAGUAUUUGAGUCUUGUGAGCUCAGUAAUUUUAGGAUCACUUAAUUAUUUUCUUUUUUUAUUAAAUAAACUUUCUGAUCUAGAAUGAUUGUUUCGGUGGGGGUUUGGGGUUUUCUUUGGUUUGUUUUCAAUGUUAAAAAAAACUGUAAAAGGUCUGUGUGGUGGGGGGAUGGUGGGAUGCUUGGAUUGAUGUUGGUCAGACUGCUCUUACAAGUUUACAAGUGUAAACUUGUACAAACCAAAUUUAGGCUAGUUAGUGAUACUUCUGAAAAACAUACUCAUGAGAACCCACCAAUGGUGAGUUUUCCCUUUGCAACUUUUCUUAACUCUAUACAUAAAUAUAAAAAUUAAUUAAAGACUCCUUUCAGCAUCUAGCUAUAUAAAACCUAAUCUGAUCUAAACAGGUUACUAGAGCUUUUUCUGUUCUUCAUAGAAAGGAACGGGUAUCUUCUGAGAGCAGUUUGUCCCAGUAGCCUCUGAUAGGGUAUUAUAGAAAGGUCUUAAUCUUUCUUUUCACCAACCUAGAGAGGGGAGCAUAAAUGACUGGCUUAGGCUAGACAAUUCAUUGAUAAUAGUUUGGGAUUGAUUUACUUUCUAUCCUCCCUCUCUUCCUAAGUGAGGCCAACUUCAGUAAAGGAAGAUUAUGUACUUUAUGUCACAGUUGCCCAAAUUGCUGUAGUUUUAAAAUUUGUACAAAUAAAUAGCACCUAAUUGCACCCAGCACAAAAACAUUUUGGUAUGUGUUAUCUCAAAUAAUGGUUAACUCAGUAGCACCAUCUUUCAGCCAUUCUGAGUUCAGUUGGAUUUGAUCACAGUUUCUGUAGUCCAAGGUGGUUAAUUCCACUCCCCCUGCAAUUGUAAGCAGCUUGCAAUAGCUGUGAGUCCCAGCAUCUGUUCCAUGCCUUUUUGCAUACCAUGCAACAGACUGAUAGUUGUUAACACAGCAGAAGCAAUCAAAGUUAUGGCUGAUGACCAGAAUUCUCAGAUUAUUCUAGGGAAAAGAGCAUAAAGGCAGCAGAUCCCCCAGCCAGCAGUCCCCAGCCACACCUAGGCAAAUAUCAUCUCUAUCCCCUUGUCUAUCCAUUUAAUUCAAAAUUAAUGAGUAAUUCUUGCCAAUCAGGGAUCCGAGAUACUUCAGCCACAAGUCAGUCAUGAAGAAUUGUUCUUAAUGUAGAUAAUCUUCUAAAAUAUAAGAAGUUUAAAACAACAAAACCUCACACCUCCCAGAGGCUAAUUACAAGUUAACCUGCAUUGCUGUCCUGAAUCAGGAGUCUGGAAAUUACAUGUUACCAGCUGCAUUCUUGUCAUGUACCAUGAUCUGUUUUUUUCAAAUGAAUGGUAUAAUUCCACUAAUUACCGCUUUUGUUUCACUAGGUUUCUGCAACACAUUUUGUGCUUGAAUAUUACUUAAUUUUAUUUGGAUGGAGUUGAUCAGUAAAAAAUGGAACAUGAACAUUUUAGGAAGAGACAAGAAAAUCAAGUUUCUGCACAGUACAAUGGAUUCUUGUAAGCACUAUUGCAGAGCAGGAAGUUAAGACAGAUGCCUUAAGACUCUUAACAUGCAUUUAUGCAACACUGAAUUAUAUAUUGCUACCAAAGGGCCAAACCCUGAAGUGCCCUGCUUGGAUGCACAAGGUCCAGAGUGGGAACUAUGCAUUUCUGUUACGCUGCAGUGGUGGGGGUAGAUUGCAGAGACUCCUACCUCCCCACGGGCAAACUUCAAACCUUAGGCACUGCAGAAGUCACUUCCAUAGCAAGUCUCCAGGGUACAGAAAGAAAGAAAAAAGGUAGAGUGGAAAAAAAGAAAAAUCACCAGGGCACAGCCAGUGAGUCUGAAGUGUGACUAUGCAUAGUGCAAACACCAGGUGAUGGGGAAGGGACUGGAUCGUGUGUUCUCCCCUCCUCGUAUUAACCAGUCUGCUCUGUGAUCCUAACUCUCCAAGUCUUUUGGAACUGAGGAUUCCUUCUAUUAGCUGUGUUUUGGAGCAAGGUAAUGCCAACAACACAAAAGCCUGGGUGUGGCUUUUUGCUAUAGGAUUGAGACCCCUCAUCAUUUUAACUUGAUUUAUUUAACUGUAUGAAGAAGAGAGCUCAGUGAAGCAAACUAAUUUUUUAGUUUGAAUUAUUAGUUGAAUUAUUACUUUCCAACAAAUGUCUAUCAGCAUACAAAGAAAAGCCAGUCCAUAAAGGAAUUAACAGUUGUUACAUUUCCUGUUAAUAUCUGUAUUGUUCCGUAUGAAGCAGUAACAAAACAGUAAAGUACCCCUGAGAAAAAACCUUACUGCAGUUGGGUGUUGUUAGAAGAUGGAACUGGAAGAAUACUGCUUUUUCUAUGGGACUCUUGGUGGUUUAUAAGUAUUGGUUUAUACUUUUAUCUUUUUUAAUAAAGGCACAAGUUUUUAUUGGUUGCUAAAGUACCAUUUAAACAAUCAUCAAAUAUUUAUUUGAAAAUUAGUGUUGGAUCAUACAUCUGUGUUAACAUACUGAAAAUGUGUAUGCUUUACACAAGUCUAAGCCCAGUCUAAGUGAUGCUGAAAUUGCUAAAGAUUGAGUGCUUUGUGCAGUGAUGUACCUGUUCACAAAAGGCAAAGUGUGUUUCCUGUGUGAGUCCACCCUCAGCUCAAGACCUACAGCAAAAAUUUGGUUUUUCCCCCGACUCCUCUCUAGAGAAGACUGCUAACUCAUCUUCAGGUGGUAUUGGAAUUUUGCACCUGGGAAAAGUGACAAAUAAUGUUUUCCUGUCUGUAAAUGUUCUGAUGUUCAGCUGAUUACAGACAUGAGCCCUUUUGAUACAGGCUGAAGGUAGUAGCUCAGUUGAUGAUCUGGAUGAAAAGAACCUGUUUUGUUUCUCUUCUAGGCAGAAUGCUACUUAAGUCAACCAUGUUUAUUAUGGAGAUAAUAAGGUAUCAAGUAUACUGUAAGGUUUAAAACGGGUUUUUUUUGUCUUUGGAAAGAAUACAUUUUUUCUUAAAUACAAGAACACUUUGAGAACCUAUAAACAUUAUUUGGUCACUGUUGGAUGUUCUUGAGACAGAAGUAAUGGUCCAAAGUUGGUGUUUUAUAAAAGGUGCAGAAUAUUUCUUCAAACUUUGUACAAGAUAUUUUGGUUUUACUAAUUUCAAAUCUUACAAAAACAUUUGUACACAUUACCCUGAAAGAUUUAGCUUUUUCUUCUCAAAUGCCAAGUGAGAAGUGCUCAUCUGAAUAUCAACUCUCAGCUAUAUUGCACCAGCAACAUUUAUUGGGGAAGACACCAGAGCCAGAAGACUGCAAGUUCAAAUGGCUCGUUCUGAGUACCAAAAUCUGCAGUCCCAAACACUGGUGGAACUGAAAUGGAGGCCCUGGGAUACCAUCUGGUUUUUACUGCAUUGGUGUAUUGCAGCAGAGGUACAACCACACAGUCAUAAUCUAGCAGAACUAUGAGCAAAAUCUGUCUCUCUAAUGUGGUAAAUAUCAUUGAUUCAGCAAGAUGGUCUCUGCUCCCCCACCCCCAAGUGCUGGAUAUAUCCCCCUAUGCAUGUCUAUCCACUGUAGGCUAUCACUAGGUGUAACUUGUUUGAUUUCUUAUGUUAGGAUAGUUAAUCUACAGGAAAAACUGCAAGCAAACAGACUGGGUUAAUUCCUUGUGUGUUCUCUAUCAAGAGCUGGUCUUCUGAAACCAUCUUUGUAUAUCUGAUGGACAUUUUUGUGGGUUGUCAGAAACUUCAGCUUCUAAUGAAAUCUCUGUGUGGAUCACAGGUAGAUUUUGUCCCAGAUUUUUCCUAUGUUUCAGAUGAGAAAAGGAGGAGGGCAGUGUGCUUAGGAUACUCUUGAGGCCAGAGUUACAGCUGGUGUAAAAGGUAUUACUGAACAGUCAUUUUGACAAAGUGAAAUAUAGUCAAAUUAUUCAAAUAUGAUUCUUCCACAUUCACCAUCCCAAGCCCUCCCUUCCACACACACACACACCCAGAGACCUGCUUGCUAAGAGAAACUCCAGACUGAUACAAAGGAAUUAAGUUCUCUAAGGGAGUUGUACUGAUAAAUACUAAGGGCACACCAGUGAGUGGGAUGGGGGAGUCAGGUUUUCCUGGCAGGCCCUGGCUGGUAGGAGGUAUUACAGCUACAGUGGCAGGACAAGGUCUUCUGUCUUUCAGAGUCCUGUCCUGACAGCUGCCUAAACCCUAAGGAAGGGCAUUCUGAGCUGUACCAAAGAGCAGGGUAAGGCAAAACAAGGGAAGUUGCCAGGAAUUAAAAAGGUGGUGAGGACAGACAGCUCUUUGGCUGUUGAGUUGGAGGCAGACGUGGAUAACACUGCCAGCAGGGGCUGGGGGUCUGUCACGGUGCUCCAGGACACAGGUCCUUUUGGCCUUAUCCACUGAAGAGCUGAAAACUUCCAGUGAAUUGCAGCAGGAAGAGCAGCCCUGCCUGUUCAGGAGGCUGGAGACUGAUCCUGAGAAAAUGACUGUUUAGGGUGCUGGGUUGUGUAUAUGCUGGUUUUGUGCUUUAACCUACUCUAUAUCAGCAAGUCUUAAUAAUACCUAGGCUGUCACUAAAAAUAACACCCUUAAGCUUUUAGAUAAAAAUAAUUACUAUUGCAAGCCAUAAACUGCAUUGUAGUUACUGUAGGAUAGUUGACAUUGGCUGCAGUUAGAAGCUAUGCUCUAGUAGUUCCUACUGCUUUUUUUCUUUUUGAAAAAUCCACAUACACAUGAAUCUUGCUCACAAAAUGACAUAAAACUCCCAGUGUGAGGGUGGAAGCCUGAUGCAGGGCACCAUUUUAAUUGUGAUUUCUCCUUGGGAUUUCUGAAGUGUCUUAAGAUGAUAAACGUGUCCCAGUGAUGAUGGGCAGGGAAACCCAGCUAAUACUUUUUUUUUUCUUACAACAGUUUAUUCACAGGCUAUACAACAUACACGUAAUUGCUGCCCCCACCAAAGGCAUGAUACGGGAAGAAAGCAGGAAGAGGGGUAGGUUUCUUUUGGACCUGAUUUCCUGCAGUAUUACCUUGAGAGUGCAGCGUCUUAAGUUAGAUGCAUCAUAAGCCAUUGAUUGAAAACUUCCAUUUUAAAUACUCUGAGGGUUAUUUUCAGAGGGAGUUUGGGCACUUAUUUUUAGUUGAGUAGAAAUUAUGGUAACAUUUUUGUUAAAGCUGCUCCUGGAGUGUGGAGUUCAUGGGUAUCGAGCUAACUUGCUAACAUGCUGUUCUUAGAAAGUGAUCCUGUUCUCCAGAGUGCUAAAUGGCUGCAGUUUUCAGGUACUGUUUCUUCCCUCGUUUGAUCUAGUGUGGAUCCUCUGUAUUUUGGUUAAAUUCAAUACCGUUGAAUACCCACUGAAAGAACUUCAUGAUCCAUGUGAAGUACGAUCCGGUUGCAGCUCACUAGAGCCCCAAGAGGGAAAAACGAAAGCAGCGUUAGCAGCACCGGUAGCGUCUGGCAGGUUUACCGAGAGGUGCAUUGACUGGCAGAUUAAGUAGAGCUACCUAGAUCUGGAACACUUGACUGAGCAUAUUUAUUAAACUAAAAAAAAAACCCACAACAAAACCACAGCAAAAACCAGAAGACAUCUUUGAGCUUCAUACUGCAUGUUAUCUGAGGACACUGUCUAAAAUUGUACCUAAUGGAGGGAUUCAAGUAUACAUUUUCAGAGGGUCUUAAUAGUGACUACUUCAAGUGCAGAUCAAGAACAUCUUUAACAGAGCCUAAGGACAGCUAGGUAUGCCGUGUUACAGACCCUGCUGUCCCUAAAAGGCACCAAAGAGAGCAGCUGCAUAUAAAGUCAUUUGUUACAAUACUAAACACAUUUACUACGCUCAUUUCUAUCAAUUUAUUUUGUAUAUAUAGUUUUUUAUACGCAUUUUUCUUAAUUACAUCACUGUCCUGAAAUGUAAUGAAGCUACAAGUUGUAGUUAUUUUUAAUGUUGAUUAAAAAAGAUGUUUGGCUGUUUUCUGCAGCAAUUACUUGAAUCUUGUUUCCAUUAGGUAGUAAAGUCUGGUAGUGUUUACAGGACUGUUUUCUUUGUUUUUUGGGGGUUUCCCAACUUUCUUCCCAGCCCCUGCCCCAAGACACAGAGAGCACAUGCUCAGCAGUCAAGCAGAUGUGUUGGGGAUGAAGUAUUGGGAUGACCUUGAUGGGCACUGCAGCAUUAGUGGUGACAGACACAUUCCCUCCCGUUUACAUUGCUUAGCCAACAACUUCUGUGCUUAGCAUGUUCCUCUCUAAUUUGUCCUGUCCCCUUAACCUGUUGCUGUCAGCUUUAUUGUGAGAAGCUUAAAUCUUUCUGAAAAGCAAUUUACAACCAUAAACACAUCACAGAGAGAUGCAGCAUUCUUGCUGUUGUCUGCCCCCUCUCCUGUCCCCUUUCUAACAAGGAUGAAUUAAACAUCCCCGAGUUAUUUAUCUCUGCAAUUAUUUUUGUAUUUGCCAGCAUUAUCAACAUUUGCACUAAACACAAUGUCCCAGGUGUUCUACUUCAACAUAAUUAUUUCUGAUUUUGCUGCCUAAACUUGUAAUGAGCUGUAUUUAAAUUUGAGGUACAUAAAUUUGAUGUAUGUAAUAACACAUUUACUGUAGUUUUUUUAUGUAACAGAUAGGACUAGUCCUAUGCGCAGAGAAAACAUGUUGCCAUUUAUAGUUUAAUACUUGAAGUAACUUUUUAAAAUGGGUUUUUAUAAAUUAAUUCAAUACAAAAUGACAUUGCUUUGCCUGGAGUUCCUUCAUGUUUUAAUUGUUAUCGUGCAGUUUCCCCAUAUGUAUGCUUUUCCAGAAAUGUUACCUUAAGCCAUUUAUAACCAUUGGAAGUGCAUUCAAGAUUUUGUACAUCAGUGUUCAAACCUGUUCAUACUUCUCUGAAGUGUAAUUCACAUUUAAAUAAAACACUUGUACUGCUUUAGGCCACUUUUUGAAGGUGAUACAAUUUGAGUGGAUUUGACACUUGAAUUCAUCAGUGAAUGCAACAUCAACUUAAUAAAAGUCUGUGAAAGAUCUGAAA